AUGUGUUUAUGAGCGUAUUUGUUUUUACCUUGAUUUGGCCAAAACGAACGCCCACGUCGCUACGUCACGCCCAUUUGACCUGUCAAUCACCACACGGAGCGUUCUGAUUGGAGGACAGUGAAUGGUUUAAUCUCAGGGUGCGUGUGGACGCGAGGUGUUUGAGCUCAGCUGAAAAGAGUGCAUAACACAAGCGUAAACUCGCAGAUCGGCUGUCAUGCGCUUCGGACUCUCCUUUUACGCGUUUCUCAGCAAAUACCUUUAAGGAUUAUUUUGAUUUCUUCCCAUAUUGUUUGGACACCUCUGUUUGUUUUCUUGGGCGGAUACUAUGUGUUAAUCUUACAGAUGUGUUUCCAGAAUACGCACAGAGAAGUGGGACAUGAUCACAUUGCCUACGGGGUCUGCUUUAUUUAGUGUGGUCAAUCUAGUGUGGGAGAAGAACCGAACCCAUAAUCCGUUGCUGCACUCACUGCCUCCCGCAGACCCGACGCGUCAGGCGAACCGUUUACCCGUGAAAGUGUUGAAAAUGCUCACUGCGCGGACAGGACACAUUCUGCACCCGGACUAUCUCCAACCUUUACCGUCCUCUCCAGUCAUUCCCAUCGAGCUGGAUGCCAAAAAGAGUCCGCUUGCUCUCCUUGCGCAAACAUGUUCCCAAAUCGGGAAGUCCGACACCCCGUCCGGAACGAAACUCUCCGCGCUCACAUCGGACAAGGACUCCAAAUCCAGCCCGCUCAAGAUCAGUGACAUCGGGGCCGAGGACAAAUCUUGUUUCAAGCCAUACUCCAAGUCAUCGGAGAGAAAAGAUUCGGGUGGAGAUAAAUCUGGUUUCCGUGUGCCGAGCGCCAUCUGUCGGCCGGUUACGCCACGGACGGCCAGCCCGAGCUCAUGCAGCUCUGGCUCUCCGCAAGCCGGACGCCCGGAAUCUAGAGAUAAAGGGUGGAAAAAGGAGAGCGAUGUGAAUAAAAGAGCUUCAUUGGAAAACUCUGGGUCUACUGACCCCAGUAGAUCCAAUUCUGAAAGCAAAAGCGAUACCAAUACGAACAAACCACAGGACGCUUCAAAACCCUCCAUAUCUGAUAGAACAACUGCGUCAUCUGCGCUCGGAUCAGGGCUUGUAGCACCGGUUUCGCCCUACAGAUCCGGGCACUCUGUAUUCCCCAUCUCGCCUGCCGGACUACCCUACCCUGGAGCCCUAACGGGUGCGUAUGCCAGCUACCAUCAACCAUUUUUGCCCCAUGGGGUGGCUCUAGACCCAAGCAAAUCCAGCAGUAGCAGCAGUCAGUUGAUUAAUGCUCAGCUGUCGGGCACUGCGGGCUCUCUCAGCAGUAAGGCGGGGUCGAGUCCCCUCGCCGGAGCCUCCCCGCCAUCCAUCAUGUCCACCAGCCUGUGCCGAGACCCGUUCUGCCUGAGCUACCACUGCGCCAGCCAUCUAUCAUCCAACAGCUCGCACGACACCGCAACAGCCACGGCCUUAAAGUCUGGAUACCCCCUCAUGUACCCCACCCACCCUUUUCACCCUCUAUCCGCCUGCGCGCCCUCAUUCCCGGGACACCCGGUACACCCGUUGUACCCAUACGGCUUCAUGCUUCCAAACGAAUCCCAGUCGCAUGUUUGUAACUGGGUGUCUGUGAACGGACCAUGCGACAAGCGCUUCUCUUCCUCGGAGGAACUUCUGAGCCAUUUGCGGACUCACACCGCGUUUAUGGGCGCGGAGAAACUCAUGUCAGGAUACCCGAACUCGUUAACGACAAUGGCCUGUCAUAUGCCCGGAGCCCCGCUCGCACUCAGGACGCCGCAUCACGCACUCGGGCUCGGCACACGGUAUCACCCGUAUUCCAAAAGCCCUUUACCGACAUCCGGUGCGCCCGUGCCGGUCCCCGCAGCCACGGGCCCGUUUUACUCGCCAUAUGCGCUAUAUGGACAUAGACUGACCACAGCACCCGGGCUCGGAUAUCAGUGAGAUUUUACCAUGUUUGUGUUUACCUCAGGACUUAUGAUUAGUGGGUCAUUAUUUAUUAAAGUAGCUUUAAAGACAGAAAAAUAAAAAGGCAAACAUAUUUCAACAAGACUCACAUGGCUUUAUUUAAACUGUCAUAGACAUUUUGUUUUUAUAAAAAUUAUAACCUUCAAAUGAAGCCACACUGUGUGAUACUUUACAGCCAACAUGUCCAAGUUUAUUUCUAAAUUCGAAGUUUACUUGAAAUCACACUCAUAUAUAUAUAUAUAUAUAUAUAUAUAUAUAUAU